AUGUCUGGUGUUACAGUUGUCAUAACACCACUUUUAUCAUUACUAAGUGAUCAGGUGAACAAAUUAAGAGAAAGAGGAAUAAAUGCCUGUUACAUAAGGUCCAGCAUGCCUAAUGAAGAGGAGUCAGUUUUGCAUGAAAUGACACUGAAAGAUACAUGCUAUAAACUUUUCUAUUUAACACCUGAAGCAGCUACCUCUGAAAGGUUAAUGAAGCACUUUGAUCAAAUGAACAAAGUUGGUGUUCUUGGCAGAUUUGUGAUUGAUGAAUCACAUUGUAUAGACACGUGCGGUUCAAGUUUUAGACCUUCCUAUGCAGAGCUUGGCUGCUUACGGGCAUUCAAAAGGCCAUUUCAUGCUUUCACAGGUACAGCUACUGUACGAACGCAAAAUGUAAUUGUAGAAAGGUUACACAUGGAAGAUCCAGAUAUUAUUAAGAUGCCAUCUGAAAGAAGCAAUCUGUUCUUCAAAGUGAUCCCCAAAAAUGAUCAGAAAUCAAAGGAUGAUGUUGUGAAAUUAAUUAUAGAUGAUUUCAGAGAUAAAUGUGGUAUUGUGUAUUGUAGUACACGCAGGGAUACAAAAGAUCUGGCAUUCUUACUCAAGACAAGAGGUAUAAGUGCAGUCCACUAUGACGGAGCACUUGAUGACAUGGAAAAGGAACAGAACUCCUCUGCCUGGUUAAGUGGUAGAGCUAAAGUUAUGUGGCUUUUGGGAUGGGAAUUGAUAAACAAAAUGUACGGUUUGUAA